AUGAAUGCAAGCACUAUUAAAUGUGAAAGGGAAACACCAGGAAGAAGAAAUUUGUGUGUGGUAGAUUAUGAUAUUCCAGUUAACAAAUGUGUUAAAAGGCGACGAAAAUCUCCUACUGUUGCGGUUACAGUGAAUGAUGAUAAUCACAAUGGCCAAAAGUCACCAAAAGCUGAUCAAAAAAAUAUUGUUCAAACUCCUACUACUAAGAGAAGUUCAAGAUUCAGAGGUGUUAGCAGGCAUCGAUGGACAGGGCGAUAUGAAGCUCAUUUGUGGGAUAAGGCUUCUUGGAAUGUUACUCAGAAAAAGAAGGGGAAACAAGUCUAUCUUGGAGCAUACGACGAAGAAGAAUCAGCAGCAAGAGCUUAUGAUUUGGCUGCAAUCAAGUACUGGGGUUCAUCAACUUUCACCAAUUUUCCCAUAUCUGAUUAUGAGAAGGAAAUUGAGAUCAUGCAAAAUAUGACAAAGGAAGAGCAUUUAGCCUCUUUAAGAAGAAGAAGCAGUGGUUUUGCCCGAGGUGUAUCUAAGUACAGAGGAGUUGCAAGGCAUCAUCAUAAUAAUAGAUGGGAAGCAAGAAUUGGACGAGUUUUUGGUAACAAAUAUCUAUACUUAGGUACUUACAGUACUCAAGAAGAGGCAGCUCGAGCUUAUGACAUUGCAGCAAUUGAAUACAGAGGAACUAAUGCGAUGACUAACUUUGACAUGAACACAUACAUUAGAUGGCUAAAACCAAGUGCCAAUUCUCAAAUGCCAUUCCAAGAUUUAGCAUCAGAAAAUCAGCCUAUACGAACUAAUAUCACUUAUGACAUGAUUAACCCGUUAAACGACUCUUCAUACUCAUUCAAUCCCAAUUAUUUCACCAUCAAUACUGAAAAACUGUAUGAUAUACCACAAAGCCAGGAACCUGUUGAAAGAAAAAUGCCAUUAAUUAGUCCUUGCAAGAAAUCAUCCUCGCCUACUGCUCUAAGCCUUCUGCUUCGAUCCUCCAUGUUUCAAGAGCUUGUUGAGAAGAAUUCAAGUACUGCUUCUGAUGAGACUGAAGAGAAUGACAUGAAGAACAGAACACAACUAAGCACAGAAAACGAGUGUGUGUUUCACACAAACGAUAAGUUGCCAAAAGUGGAGUCUUUGGAGAAUGGUACAACUUCUUCAGCUUUGUGUGAUAGAGCAGAGGAGCAGUUCUUUUGGAAUCUGAUGUCUUAAAAUACUUAACUUGCUAACAGGCGUAGUACAAUUUGAAGGAGAAAAGAAUAAUUGAAAGUUGGUAGUCAUCUAUGGAAUAGAUGAGUAGUAGUUUCUUCACAGGAUUGUACAUGAAAAAUGGCUAUUAACUGUAAGAAUGAAAAUCUUGGAAUUACAGUAAUAGGUUUCCUAGAUGAGUAGUACUUUCUUCAGAGCACUGUACAUGAAAAAUGGCUAUGAACUUAAGAAUGAAACUCUUGGAAUUAAUAGGACUACUUCCAUCACUGGAUCCUUUCGCAACGCAUAUUUCCCUUCAUUUCCAUUUUCUGCAUAUUAAUAGUUCGGAUGACACUGUAGUCACAUUAAUAAAGGUUGUAUUCACAUUGCUUUACCUUUGUUAGCUAAAAGAUCCAAAUGCAUUAAGCUAUUAGAAAAAGUUUAGAUCAGUAUUAGAUGAUAGAAAGAAAGAAAAAACAGAUAUCCUUAGGAUGUUAUCAAUCCUUAAGCUUAGUAUUUCAUCAGAAAAAUAUCACCACGAUAAAGCUCUUUGAAAGUUUGGUUGUCUUAUUUAUAUUCGACGAAGUAUGGAACUGACUCACACCCAAUAUUAGCAACUUCUUGAUACGGAACUGCUCUCGAGUUUUCUCAUGCUUUCAUAUGAUUAUAAUCUAAAGGUAUGGAACUGCUCUCGAGUUUUCUCAUGCUUUCAAAUAAUUAUAAUCUAAUUGGAGUUUACACAUAAUAAGAAGCUAUAG